UCUCUAGGGUGCUUCCACAAGCAUUACAUCCAUACUUUAUCUCAAGGAUGAAAUGUCCAUUGCCAGUGCUGGUGCUGUAGACAGUGUGAUAAAGAUAUGGGAUACUCGGAAUCUGAAAGCUUCUAUUGCACAAGCAUGCCCUCACGCUGAGCCAUCUAUUGAAAAGAAAAAGGUAUUGCAUGGGAUCUCUUCUCUAUCUCAAGAUUCAAAUGGCGUGUUUCUUGCUGCUUCUUGCAUGGAUCAUAGGAUUUACUUGUAUGAUGUGAUGCAUCUCAAGAAGGGCCCUGCUAAAACAUUCACUGGAAGCAAAAUUGGGUCAUUUUAUGUCAAGUCAGCAAUUAGCCCUGAUGGGGUUCACAUUCUUGGUGGCUCUAGUGAUGGAAAUGCUUACAUAUGGCAGGUACGUAGGCCUGAAAGUAAUCCAAUCAUGUUGAAGGGACAUGAAGCAGAAGUUACUGCUGUAGACUGGUGCUCUUCUGACUAUGGGAAAAUAGCAACUUUAUCAGAUGACUUCAUGGUUCGAGUCUGGAAUAUAAAAAAAGGAAGCUCCAUUAGCACUAGAUCGCCAACUGCAGUUCGAAAGAGAGUAACUGCACAUUCAAGCAUUGAAUGCAGAAAGCUAAUGAUGGAUGAUUCUCAUUCGGGGUCAGGAGAUAUAGACAAGCACCUCUGCCAUUCAAAUGAAAUGAAAAUAAACUCACCCUCACCUAUUCAAACUGAGGCAGUUGAGUUCACUACACCAGAAUCCGGAAAGAAAAGAAAAAUUGAUAUGUUUCUAAAGAGUCCAGCCUCUGAAUCAGAUAGUCCCUCUUCUGUCUUAAAUCCCCCUCCCUCUUUGAAAAGGAGAACCAUUCGCGACUACUUUAUGUCUUCAUCUUGUAAUUCUUGAACCACACCAUUUUCUGUCUAAGCUAAGGCUUUUGAGUUUUGACCGACUGAGAGGCUGCUCACUCGAGAAUCCUCUCAAAGAUGAUUAUUGUGGAUAUAACUGUCUAGAGCAUCUAGUCUAAGAACUGCCAGCUAUUAACAUUUUUGUCUGAUACCCAUGAAGCUGGGGUAGUAAAUAUAUGUUGUGUUGCGCCAAAAAUUUGUUGCCGAAGAUCAUAAGUUUAUCUCUAUCGGCAAGAGUACUUGAGAAAUACUUUUGUAACUGCUCUCUGAUCAAGAUACUAGGCCAAUUAUGGGGCCAAGAAAUGCUUGUAUUACAGGAUACUGUGACAUGAGCAGGCUCUAAACAUCUACUUAAAAUUUGUAAAUUGUUGACCUGAUGUAUAAGCAUAUUGAUUAAUCUGAAGAUUGUUUACUAAUUUGGUUCA